AUGAAUCCUUCACCCUUACCUUUUGUGGGUGAUGGAACCCUUCCCAUGGACAAGCAAACCAUCAGCAACUUUGAAGAAGUCGACUUAUUCUUGCAAGACAGUGUCAGUUCUGAGGGCGACGUUGGAUAUGAUGAUGAAGAUGUAGGUAUAGAGGAUGGAAAUGAGGGGUCUGAUUUUGAAGGUGGCGCAAUCCGGCCAGGUACCAGGAAGGUUCGUCAACAUCCAUAUGCUCAUCCUGACGAUGGCAAUGUCCCCCCCAUUGGUCCCAAUUGUCCUUGUGGCGGGCGCCCCCUUGUUGUACAUGCGAGCUGGCAGGAACAGGCUAAGGCAGUUCGUUCCAACCACAUUACCACUGAUGCCCUCAUUGGAGCCCUUGCCACUCCUUGCAUAGAUGCCGCCUCCCCUUCUCUCAAUUUUUGCGCAUGGGUUAAGGAGAUUGUGUCUUAUCUCCAACACCCCCACUAUGUCAACUUAGGAGGGGGGUCCAUUGGAGAGACGAUAGCACGCUGUCAUUCAAUCUCCCACCAGCAGAAUGGGUCCAGCUUUGUUGCAAUGCUCACAUAUAUGCAGCUAGUGAUACAGUGUCAAAGCUUGAUCAACACCUACAAGGAGCGCUCUAGUAUUCGUUGGGUUUACAACGACCAUGUUGGUCAGUUGCCCAAUGCCCCUGCCCAGACUACCUUCAAUCGUUGGAACGCUAUUGGAUGCAAGUUCAUAUCGCUUGCUGCUGGUGGAUCAAUCUACAUCUUGGUUCUGAUCGUGGGCCUCAACAUGCGGUGGAAAAUCGCAACACUGGGAAGUUGGAAAGAUGCUGAGACAGCUGGAAACGUGCAAUCUCAUCUGCCUCUGUCCCUCGAAAAAGUGUUCUGUCCUUCUCUCCUGGCCAGCAUUGGGUUAAAUGAAACCCUAGAUUGUACCAACCUAUCAGUCACCGACAAAGUUUUCGAUGCUUUCAAGCAAAACAAUUAUAUUCUUCCUCCUCAUCAUUUCGACUCCUGGAUGGACUGCACUACUGCAGUAGUGGAGGCGAUGGUCACAUCAGCAUGGAUCAUAGGGUCAACCCCGGUUAGUGUCAUCUGGACUACCUUUGACCAUGAACAUCCCGACAACUGCAAGUUCCCUGCUGAGACCGAUCGAAAUGAGAACAUCUUCUGGACCAAACAGGAGCGAGUAAGGGCAGAGGCUGGUGUUGUUAUCCAAGAUCUUGAUGAUUUGCACAAUAAGUUGGACCAAAGAUAUGCUAAUGGCAGCAGCGAGGACACCGACACUUAUUUGUGCAUCCCUAUGGAUGUGUUCCAAGGUGCACUUGAUCUGAGAAAUGCAGAUGACAGUCUGAUGGCCUUCGUCUGUCCAACACUACCCGAAUCCAUCCGCAGUAACCUCCUCAGUUCAUUCCUUGCAUGCUUUGAUGGAAAUGAGGUCUUUGUUACCUUGGAGAAGGUGGCAGAGAAGGUUCUUGAAAGUUCAUUUCAUUGCCUCCACUUUUCUAUUUGGGAUCACUAUGCUACAAAGGGUGAUCAAGCUCCCACUGAUAUUCAUCCUCACUAUAUGAGCAGAGAGGACCACCAACAACUCUACAACAACAUUCUCCUGGCAUUUGGUGAGCUUUUUGAAUGGAUUGAUGACGUGAUCAAGGAAUGCUUGCCCACAGAGUACGAGGUCCUAGUUGAACUUGCUCAAGACCUACCAGGUGGUGAAGUAUCACCUGUGACACGAUUUCUCUCUCUUGUUGUCAACCUGAAUGUAUCGACCUUGGGUCAUCGUGAUAGGUUUGACAAGGACUUUUGUCUUGUCCUUCCAUUGGGCAACUUCAAGGGUGGGACUUUGGUAAUGUUUGAGCAGUGUUUGGUUUUGGAACUUCGCAGUGGUGACUUUGCUAUAUUUCGUUCUAGUGAAACAACGCACUUUAACUUACCAUAUGAGGACUACACAAUGAAUAGUACUACACAAGGUAAAAAGAUAAAGAAUAUAUGCUACAUGAUAUGGGGAGGAGUAGCAUUGGAAGUUGAGAGUAAUAUUCAUUCAUGUAUGACGUUCUCUGAUAUGCCCCCUAGAGCCUCCAGGUCUACUAAGUCCUCUUCUACAAACAGGAAUAGCUCCAACAGGAGUACUUCAAGCCGUGGAGGACGUGGUGGUAGGCCUGCUCACACUGGAAGACAGGAGAGCGUCAAUCAAAAUGAAGUCACUAUGUCAGCAGCUGAACUACAGUCCAUGAAAACAAAACUGGAAAGGCUGCGUAAAGGUGAACGCAUGGAAGCUAACAAGGCUGCUGAAGCCCAAAGGAAAAUAGAAUCCAGAAAACUAGCUGCUCACAGAUUGUCCCAAGAGAUAGAGGAGGAAGAGUCUUCCCAACCUUCCUCUCCAAAGCGCAUCAGGAGGAACCUACCUACUGAGGAUGAUGUCCUAGAUGAAGAUGAGGAGGCUCUAGCAAGAAGCCUGCCUCCUGUCAUCAACUCUAGAUCCUUGUCACAUAGACGAGUUGACUCUGAUGAAGAGGACCAGAGCCAGGAGGGGGAGAGUGAAUGUCUUAACAAAAGUAAUGAAUCAGGUGUCUCAAAUACUGAGGAUGAUCAGGAAAGCAGAGGGGAGAAUGGAGAGGAGGGCAAUAAUAAUGGCAUGAGUAUAAUUGAGGUCAGUGAAGAGGGCCCACCUACUGGAAAGUGCAAGAGAUCUCCCAAUGGCACUAGAAAGGAGCAAGUCACUUUGUCUAUACUGGAGAAGAGCGUCAGAGAUCUUGCUAUAGCAGGACAUGAUUAUCUAUGCAUGUAUAUUGCUACUCAGAAUGCUUUUCCUGACAGCACCGCCAAAUCUUCUUUCUCCUGGAAGCGCUUAGAGGAAGCUGUAGCCUCUCGCAAGGAAUUGAAACAACUUAUGGAGCCAGAGUCAAAGGUGCAGAAGACCAAAGAGAUGCUCAUAGACUACAUGUGGAAGGGCGUCUCAUCUAUGAGAGGAACAGUGGCCAACAAGGCUAGAGAGACUAUAGGUGAUGUGUUGGGACUUUCAGGGAUGAAGAGAGAUGACAUUGUGGAGGCAGUUGAGUGGAUGCUGAAGGAUCUCAAGAAAGUUCGUAAGGGAGGUGAAGACGAUGAAAACAUUUCUUUGCCUUUUAUUUCUGGUGACUUGGACAUCAAGAAUAAGAUGUUCAACAGGAACAAACCUUUUGGCAACCAUUUUUUUCUGUGCAUGUAUCGUCUAUUCUUUAUAGGCAAUAACCCUGAUGGGGUUCAUUACGUCCAACACUUCAGGAACUCUUCUCUACCCCUCCUUGCCCUUAUCGCAACAGUGAUGGAGUGCGCUCUCUCUUGCUGGGAGACUGGAUUGUUCAUCAAAAAAGACUUCAGAGAUGCGUAUUAUAAACCAAAGUAUCAAUUUUAUUUACACUUUCUCAAGAAUCUUCAGGAGAAGGCUCCAAGGUGGACAAUGAAAAUGAGGGAAGAGAUGUACCAGAAUGUGCUGGAAGAAUCUAAUAUGACCUAUCUUCUUCAUAUAGAGGAUGAUGGUGAAGGUGAUGGUGGCAAUGGCAGGCAGGAGGGUAAGAUCAAUGUAGAUUAUGAUGCACUGGAAGUGUCUGCUGCUUGA